GUAUCGUAACAUUAUCUUCAUCUAACACAAAACAAAGCACGAAGUAAGCAAAAUGUCCAUCAAGCUCUGUUGGGUCUUUGCUGCCCUUGGAUUGAUUUGUCUGUUGCAAAUCUCACCAAGCGAGGGCACGCCUUCGCACUCACAGCAACUGCUUUCCUACUUCAAGCGCAUGAAGCUGGACAAGACGAAGAACCGAGUCUACCUGGACGAUGUGGAGUAUGGUCUUCGAACGAAUCUGCGCAGACCACUUCUCCAGAAGGCUCUGUUUUUGCCCAAAGGCACAAAGUUUUCGUCCGAUUGCUUAAACCGGAUGGUCGAUAAAGCAAGACAGCACGAGAAUAAGUUUUACGCUCAAUUCACAUACGCCUGCAAGAAAAAUGCCGAAUAUUCGUCCGAUUGUUUAGACACGGGGCGACCUGAGUACUAUCGCGAUCUGAAAAAACUUGCCAAAGCAACGGAGCAGUGUUGGAAAAUGUGAUUCGAUGCUUACAAAUAGGAACCAUCGAAAUGGAAACAAUGAUGAUUAAAUAAUCAAACCAUUCUUCGCCAAAUGUUUGCCCGACAAUCGAUUUUGGCGAAAGAGUUGGGAUUGGAAAUAAAAUUAUCUUUUCUUUCCAUUUUUCUGAGAUAA